AUGUUCCGACGACUUGGGACAUUCUCGAUUACAUUGAGCAUCAGCAUGUGGAAGUGUGUGAUUAUCUUCUCGGCCGUUUUUGUUUUACAAACCGUGAAUGCCGGUUUUCAAAUCUCCAAACUCAAACCCAUGUUCAAAGAAGAUAAUGCUACUAUAAGUGAGCUGUCAACAGCUCUUGGAGCCGCAUUCCCACCAUGUUGCUCUGAUAUCAUUUCUAGCAUUGCCUGUAGACGGCUUCAGCAACACAACCCAUCUAAAUUCCUUGACAGAUGCGCCACCGAUGCUGACUUCUCUCUCAUCCAAUGCUGUAACACAUGCGGAUUGGAAAGUGCCGCUGACCGAUACGAGCUCAUUUUCCAAGCCGGACAUAAAUCCAACCAAUGUUUCGAUCGACACGGUCCAGAAUUCUGUAAGAGAUUUUUGAAGAAGGAAGAUGUUUGGGGAAAAUCUCAAUGGUCUUGCGACGGAUCAACUGCUCAUUUGGCUUUCCGAAUCUGCAGAAAAACGUGCAACUUCUGCCGCAGAGACAUCUACCGUACCCCGCUCGGAAGAUUUGAGCCAGUGUCGUGUGGAAAACCUCCAGUUCUUAUUCCAAUUUAA